CAUGCUUUAAAGCAAACCACCGCUUCGUCUGUCUCCUAUCCCUGUGCUCUUUACUGAGAGGCCACUUCUUCCAUUUCUUUAAGGAGAAUAACAUCUGCUGCCAUAAACAAAGAACCAUGGUCCAAGCUAAGACAUGGGUCCUCAUCAAGCACUUUGACGGCUUCCCGAAGAAUACCAACUUUGAGCUCAAAGUGGAGGAGCUCCCUAAGCCCAAAGAUGGAGAGGUUCUUUUGGAAGCUGUGUUUCUUAGCGUCGACCCGUAUAUGAGGCCCUUCAGUGCAUUUCGCAUGAAAGAGGGCGAUGUGAUGAUUGGAACUCAAGUUGCCAAAGUGAUUCAGAGUAAGAACCCAGCAUUUCCUGUGGGGAGCCAUGUUGUCAGCCGCAGCGGCUGGAGAACCCACUCAGUCAGCGACGGGACAGACCUCGUUCCUGUAAUGCCUGAAUGGCCACAGGACGUGUCCCUGUCCCUGGCUCUGGGUUCCAUUGGCAUGCCGGGUCUGACAGCUCUCUACGGGAUAGAAGAAGUCUUGGGUCUCCAGAAAGGUGAAACCCUGCUUGUGAACGCUGCAGCCGGGGCGGUGGGCUCCAUGGUUGGCCAGAUUGCAAAGAUCAAAGGCUGCAAGGUGGUCGGCUCAGCAGGCUCUGAUGCCAAGGUGGCUUUCCUCAAAGAACUGGGCUUCGACGAGGCCUUCAACUAUAAGACUGUAGGUUCCCUGGAGGAGGCUCUGAAGAAGGCGUCUCCGGAGGGAUACGACUGCUUCUUUGAAAAUGUUGGAGGGGCUUCUUCAAGCGUUGCCUUGCAACAAAUGAAGAACUUUGGAAGAAUAGCAGUUUGUGGAUCCAUUUCUACAUACAAUGACACCAACCCCCAAACAGGCCCGUACCCCCACUUUACCAUGAUCGUCAAACAGCUAAAGAUGGAGGGCUUCAUGCAGAGCAGGUGGGAGCACAAGCAUCCUGAGUCCAUCAAGAGGCUGAUGGGAUGGUUAAAGGAGGGCAAGCUGCAGUUUCGGGAGCACAUCACAAAAGGCUUUGAAAACAUGCCAGCUGCUUUUAUGGGGUUGCUGCAAGGAGAAAAUAUCGGCAAGGCUGUUGUUGCAGUGUGAUCAAGAGACAAGGAGGAUCAGUAAAUCAGGAUCAAUACAUGGUUUACACAUUAUUACAGAUUAUAUUCAUGAAGGAUUGAGCCUUAGAUACUUAUCACUAACCAGAUACAUUAACAUAACGACCAUGUAGCGCAUUAGUUUCAUAGAAACAUUGAAUUGUAGCUGUUAGCAGCUCGAAGGCAGCCACACAGUUAGUCUAGCAACUUAGUCAUGAAGGGAAUAUAAUGUGAAUUAUAUUUUCCAGUGCUAGUCAAAUAUUCUUGUUCAGGCUUGAUGUCAGAAGCAAUCCAUUCUUUAAAUUGUGAUUGUGAAAUGAAACGUAUUUUGUUGAGGUUUCAUUUGUUCGGGUUUCAAGCCACUUUUACAAAAUGCUUUACAAAAUUAAACUAUUGACUUUUAAAACAGUCAGGAUAGGAGAAUAAAACCUGUUGUUGUUUAAUUGUCAUAUGUUGGUAAAAACGAAGAGCCUGUAGUACUCACACGUUUUAAGGUGAGUUUCGACCAUCAUCCAUGGAAUAGUCUUCAUACUUUCCAUGCACAACACAAGACUGAACCGGGAUGAUCAGUGCAUGCAUUACUCACUGUGACAUUGUUAACCAUGUGCUUUGUACUUAGUAGGAGCUUUUCUAUAGAUAAUAAAAUUUUGUGGCAUUUUUAAA